UGCAUUUUCUCGACAAUCUCCAACUUCCGCCAAUCUUCUAAUCCCCGAGUAGUAGCUGUGAUGCCCCCACCUCUUACUGGGCCUCUAUGCACCAGGCCUUCUCUUACUCAGGACCUCCGGAAUCUCGGCUUCAAACCAGGAGAUAUAGUUCUUGUACAUUGCUCUCUUAAAAGCAUAGGAUGGAUCAAUGGUGGGGCUGAGGCUCUUACUCAAGCUCUUCUCGACAUCCUUACACCCGACGGAACUCUUGUUGUUCCAACACACACCAGCAGCAACUCGGAUCCGUCGAAUUGGGUCAACCCGCCCGUCCCAGAGAAAUGGUGGCGGACUAUUCGCGAAACUCGACCUGCAUUUGACCCUAAAACAACUCGAAGUGAGAGCAUGGGCGUGCUGGCUGAGACAGUCAGAACAUGGCCAGGUGCAGUGAGAAGUAUGCACCCUCACACUUCGUUUGCUGCAAUUGGUGCAAAUGCGACGUUUAUCACAGACGGACAUGGUCUGGACAGUAUGCUGGGGGAAAAGAGUCCCCUAGCUCGUUUGGAAGAGCUAAGCGCGAAGGUUUUACUCAUCGGCGUUGGAUUCAAUCGCUGUACCUGCUUUCAUCUUGCAGAGUACAGAGUCAACUCACCAAAGGCUGAUAUCUCAUUCGCAAUUUCAGUCAACGGAGCUAGAGAAUGGGCGACUGUAUCAGACGUCAGUGUGAACGAGGAAGACUUUUUGGAACUGGGGAAGGAUCUUGUUGAGCAAAGCAGCGUGAGCAAGGGUCAAAUUGGUGCAGCAAACUGCCAUUUGUUCUCGCUACCUCAGGCAGUCAAAUUUGCCGAACAGUGGUUUCUUUCCCAUCGAACAUCAACUCCCUAGAAGACUUCCCGGUAGGGUGCCUUUUUCAAAAGAGCCGUGAUCGGCAAUCCGAGGUCUAGCUCUAGUUGGUAAUUGAAGUCCAAGUUUGUAAUUUGCU